UUGUUUGGGGGGUACUCCAAGUUCAUUUUCAUCUAUCAAUUUUGUCGGUUAUCUCCUCCUCUCUACGUUUUCCUAACAUAUGUGUUAGGAUAUCCGAAUACAUAUUAAUCUAAUCUGUAUCCUCCUCCUCCAUAUCCAAAAUUUGAGAUUGAGAUUGAGAUUGGUUUUGUUGAAGAAAAUGGGUUCAGUAUCUGCAGACAUUCAGUCUGCAGAUGAGGCUGCUGCUCAAGAUAGCAGCUUGGAGAACACUGAGAUAGAGCGCAGCAAAGUCGGAAUCAUGCGAGCCCUUGUUCAAAGAGAAGACCCCUCUGCUAAGGAAGUAGAUGAUUUGAUGAUCCGGAGAUUUCUACGAGCUCGUGAUCUAGAUAUUGAAAAGGGUUCUAGCCUACUUCUAAAGUACCUAAAAUGGAAGCGAGAAUUUGUUCCAAACGGCUCCAUAUCUGCCUCAGAAAUUCCAAAUGACCUUGCCCAAAACAAGUUGUUCAUGCAGGGAGUAGAUAAGAUGGGGCGCCCAAUAGUAGUUGGCUUUGGUAGCAGACAUUUACCCUCCAAGGGGAGUCUGGAAGAGUUCAAGCGUUUUGUGGUUUACAGUCUCGAGAAGAUAUGUGAUAGAAUGCCAAGCGGACAGGAAAAAUUCGUUUGCAUUGGAGACUUUAAGGGAUGGGGAUACACUAACAGCGACGUUCGAGGAUACCUGGCAUCUCUAUCAAUCUUACAGGAUUGUUACCCAGAGAGGCUAGGCAAGUUAUUUGUAGUCCAUGUGCCAUAUGUAUUUAUGACGGCAUGGAAGGCUGUCUAUCCAUUUAUCGACAAGAAAACAAAAAAGAAGAUAGUUUUUGUGGAGGAUAAAAAGCUGAAAUCAACUCUGCUUGCUGACAUUGAUGAGAGCCAACUCCCAGAGAUCUAUGGAGGCAAACUACCAUUGGUUCCUAUACAAGACUGUUAAUUAGCGUAGCCAAUUUUCAGAGACCUUGGAACCAUUCAUAUUCCUAUACACGACUGUCAAUUAGGUGAUUCAUGUCAUUUAACCUUCUGAAAAAGGGAAAGUUAAAGAGGAAGCUGCUGCCAGUUUUUAUCUUCUAACAAUGCUUGUGUUACAAAAUUGAUAUUGUUUAUAUCAUUAAGCAUUUGAUAUGCCAUUUGAGUAUUAAGGAA